AAUACCGAGUACUCCGUUAAGCAUACGCCGACAACGCAUAUGCCCUGCGGGCCGUACAAGUAAGCGAAUCGAAGUCGAAGUUGAACUGUUGAAGGCUGGAAGCAUAGAAGGUCAACGUCAGGGUCUUCGCCCGCCGGUCAGAUUGAGUGCUUUUUUCCGGUGGUCGGAAUAGCGACGAUGGAGUCUACGACAGGGACGAAGACUCAGGAAGAACAAUGGACGGUAGAGCGUCAAGUCCGCGAAAUUUACAACUUCUUCUACAGCAUCCCUCCCAACUCUCAGUCCGUCAUCUUGGAGCUUCAACGUGAGAAGCACGUUGAGUAUCUAUACAGAGGACUCCAUCACCUCGGUCCAUCGUUUUCUGUUCUCGAUGCCAAUCGACCUUGGCUUUGCUAUUGGAUAAUCCAUUCGAUUGCUUUAUUGGGCGAGUCUAUUGACGAUAAAUUGAAAGACGACGCCAUUGAUUUUCUCAGUCGCUGCCAGGAUCCAAAUGGUGGAUAUGGCGGUGGACCUGGUCAGAUGCCACAUCUUGCAACAACCUAUGCUGCAGUUAAUGCACUCAUAACUUUGGGAGGUCAAAAAUCUUUCUCAUCAAUUAAGAGGUCUGGUCAAUCCCCAUUUCUUAUGUUAUGUACAUGUCAUGCAUUGUUUGGUGUGAUCUUGACACAUUUGGUAAUAUAUCUCAGAGAUAAAUUAUACUCCUUUUUGCUGCGAAUGAAAGAAGCAAAUGGCGGCUUCAGGAUGCACGAUGGUGGGGAAGUGGAUGUUCGUGCGUGCUAUACUGCCAUUUCAGUUGCAAGCAUCCUGAACAUUCUUGAUGAUAAGCUGUCUCAUAAUGUUGGAAAUUUCAUUGUAAGUUGUCAAACAUAUGAAGGUGGAAUUGCUGGAGAACCAGGUUCUGAAGCUCAUGGUGGGUAUACAUUUUGUGGUUUGGCUGCAAUGGUUCUGAUCGAUGAAGUUAAUUGUUUGGACUUGCAAAGCUUACUUGAUUGGAUGGUAUUCAGGCAAGGAGUGGAAGGUGGAUUCCAAGGGAGAACAAAUAAGUUGGUAGAUGGUUGCUAUUCAUUUUGGCAGGGUGGAGUGGCUGCGAUAUUACAAAGAUUGCAUUUGAAUGCUAUGGAGUGUGACUCUGUCACAGGGAGUGACCAUGGUUCUGUUGCAUCUAGUUCCUCUGAUGGAGAAGACCACCUUGAAGGAACAUCCACUCACACGGAUGAAUCUUUUCAUCUCAGGCAGGGAGCUGGACCAGGCCAUGAUGCUUUUGAACCAGUGAAGAACUUGAACAACAUUGGUUAUGAGUUUAUCAAUGGACAUGCUUCUAGGAGACCUCUAUUUGACAACCUAAAUUUGCAACGCUACAUCAUACUUUGCUCACAGGUAGAGGGCGGUUUCAGGGACAAACCAGGGAAGGCCAGAGAUCACUACCAUACAUGUUACUGCCUGAGUGGUCUUUCGAUUUCUCAGUAUAGCUGUGCAAGUGAUUUUGGCACUCCGCCUUUGCCCCGGGACAUCUUGGGUCCUUAUUCCAACAACCUAGUCGAACGGAUUCACCCUCUAUUCAACAUUGUCAUAGAUUGUUACUAUGAGGCUCGUGAAUUCUUCUCAGGUCUGUGAGGAUCUUUUCCCUUUUUUUUUGUACCAUAACAUGUACUCCGUACAAUGGUUUCCCUCCAGUGUCCUUCCACAGCAGCGCCGUGAGGGAAGGAUUUGCAGUGUUUAUUAUAGUGAAAUUACUUGUUCGAAAUCCUUCCUAUAUAUAUUUUUUUUUCCAUCAAAUUAUAGGCGCCGUACUACAUCUUUUUGUGCCAUUUGCAAUCUUGGAAAGUAUGGGACAUCAUUGUUGUUUG